AUGUUUGUCUCUGCCCUUUCGCGUCUCCUCAGUGCCUGGUUCGCCUUUCUUCUGCCCUGCUAUGCCACCUACAAGGCACUCGCACGCCGUCCAUUCUCCGAGUCUGACCUCCAGAAAUGGUCUAUGUACUGGACCGUGAUGGGCGCAUUCGUCGCCUUUGAAUAUCUUGGAGAGUGGUUGGCUGCCCUUCUAUUGGGAAUUAAAGACCCUUUUCUUGCUUUUCCUCUCUUUGCCGCAAACUCAAGUAUAUAUGUCAUUUCUCUUCUCUCACUGCCGGUCUUUACCGUCUUCUUUUCAUCACAGGGCUCAACGUACAUCUACAACGCCUACCUGGAGCCUUUUUUCUCACGCAAUCAGGCUGAUUUGGAUGCCGGAAUUGUCAGAAUUCAGAGCAAUAUUCUGACAUUCGUACAGGAGAAGUUGUCAGCGCUGUGGACUUUGGCUACGCGCGGACGUCCUCAGUCUCAGGCACAAUCACCUUCGGCGUCCCCGAAUCCCCAGUUGUCGUGGCUUUUUUCGCCCGAUACUUGGCGUGCUGCUCUCAAUGUCUUGCAACCAGCGGGUUCCGGCACCGCCUCUCGCGGUGUUCAACCCAUUCACAGUGGUGCCGCAUCUUCCAGUACAUCCCUAAAUUCAGAAGAAUCGUCCCAAAAGAAUCCUCCGUUCCCGGUGCCUCAACAUUAUGAGUAG